AUGUUUUCCUCGGAACAGGGUUUGAACGGUGACUCCAAAAUCUCUAAAGAGGAUUGUAGGUACAGCUACAAUAUUGGAAGUUAUGGAGACACCCCAAGACAGCAGUCAACGCCUCCUUUAAGCCCUGCUGGUUUGACGGGCUCCCUGGGUGCGCUCUCUCAACGAUCGCAUCGUAGGCGUCGGGGUAUCUUGGGACUGCCCGCUGUGAGCUCGCUCCCAAACGCUGCCGCCGAUGAACCAGCUAGAGCUAGUACGGGAACAGCGGCUUUCGCGGUUGCCCCCUGUAAUGAAACUGCGGAGGCAGCAGGGCUAUUGAGUGUGCCGCUGCACUUGCUGCAGCCUUCUUCGAGCUCCGCACUCUGCCUCGCGCGCUGGGGCUCGCCCCUGGCUCCGAAAGAGAGGAUCGUCAGUGGGAAGUGGAUUGAUCCGAAUCGGAUCAGCGAAUUUCAAGCUCGAUUUACAGUUUUAAACGAAUAUGCAGUGCGUUGCGAGUGUGUACCGCUCAAUCCGCCGCACAAUCGCUUCGAGGAUCGCCCGACGAUGAGGUUUUGGCGGCGCGAUCUUGGGCAGGAGUUUGAAAUGAGCGUUCGUCGAAGGCAAGAUGGCCUGCUCCUGAUCAGAACCAAAGUCUUCACGCUGUUAUACGAUCCCGCGAAGUCUCAUGGUGCUUUCGAGAAUGGAGCCCUGCGGAUCAUCCUCAAUGACAUUGGUCCGAUUGCGGGCCUGCAAAGCGAUUUCAACCUUGCUGGUUGGAUAACGCAGCCCGUUGGUGAGGUGAAUCCAUUUGAGUUUGUCUUCGGAAUCUCCGAUCCCAGCAUUGGUAACUGUGGCGGUACAUGCCGGACACUGGAUGGGGCAAACGGGUGGGCGUACGAUAAGCGCUCCCAACGGGAGUACCACUUUGGCAGGUAUGUCGAUCUUGGGAACGGCAUCAUUUCGAGACGAGGUUGGGCGAUUGUUGACGACUCGACAUCACCUAUCUUCGAUGCUCAUGGCUGGAUCUGUGAGCGAGCGCGAGAUCCGAGAUCAGUGGAUCUCUAUGUAUUUGCGUAUGGCGACCAGUACUCCCGUGCACUGCAGACGUUCACCAGCAUCGCAGGAAAAGUUCCACUCCUGCCGCGAUAUGCUCUCGGCAACUGGUGGUCUCGCUGGUGGCCUUACUCCCAAUCGGAGAUUAUCCAGUGGGUCAAUGAAUGGAAAAAUGGUCGAAACAUUCCACUGUCCGUGUGCAUACUGGAUAUGGAUUGGCACUUGCCCGGUUGGACCGGUUACACUUGGAAUCCAGAGCUGUUCCCAGACCCGCUCGAGGCACUCAGGGCCCUGAAACAAUUGGGUGUUCGGAUCGGGUUAAAUGUUCACCCCGCUGAUGGAGUCCAUGCUCAUGAAUCAAUGUAUACGGCAAUGGCCACUGCGCUCGGCGUCGAUGCUUCCAGUGGAACACCGCUGUACCUGAACGUCGCCUCGCCAUCUUUCAUGAAGGCCUACUUUGAGUUCCUGCAUAAUCCACAUGAACGAAUAGGCGUGGAUUUUUGGUGGAUCGAUUGGCAGCAAGGAACGCAGUCAGGCGUCGCUGGCCUGGACCCGCUCAUAUACCUGAAUCAUCUGCACUGCCUGGACUCUGCACGAGAAUUUGGGCGUGCUGAGCCCCGAGCACUGAUCCUUUCUCGAUACGGAGGUCUCGGGAACCAUCGUUACCCGGUGGGAUUCUCCGGUGAUACGCACAGCACCUGGGAAUCACUAGCGGUGCAACCAGUGAUCACUGCAACAGCAGCGAAUGUGGGGUUCUUCUUCUGGUCUCAUGAUAUAGGCGGGUUUAUGGGAGGUGUUCAGCCGGAUGGCGAGCUUUACGUUCGCUGGGUCCAGCUGGGCGUAUAUUCACCGAUUCUUCGCCUCCAUGGCCACAAGUCAGAAUUCAUACGACGCUGGCCGUGGUCUUACGAGAAAACGUAUGCUGUGGCGGCGACGGCAGCGCUGCGUUACCGCCAUCGCCUCAUCCCCUAUAUAUACUCGCAGUGCGUCAAGGCCUCGCUCAAAAGCACCCCACUUUGCCGUCCAUUGUAUUACCAGUAUCCGACGCAGAAUCCGCUCGCGUACACUGCGUGCUGUACGCAGUACUUUUUCGGGGAUGAGCUGCUGGUGGCGCCUUUCCUCGAACCGAUCCUGCCCUCUGUGGGGUGCGCUCGCCGCGUCCUGUGGCUACCACCGGGAACUUGGCGCCACUUGCCAUCCGGUGAGGCAUACGCUGGCAAUCGCUGGAUAUGCGUCUAUGGCGGAGUCGACGAUGUGCCUGUGUUCGCAGCAUCCGGUGCGAUCGUUCCUCUCGCAUCCUCCCCGGGAUGUCGAAGCGGCAUAGCGAACGAUUUUGCGGCCCUGAUGGAUGAUCAGAAUUUUGACGCGGAUGCUGGACUGGAAAAUCCCGAAAUGUUCGAUGUGACGGUUGUAGCGGGAGGCGAACACACCUUCCAGAUGAUUGAGGACGACGGCAGCGGCGGCGAUGAUCCUUUGCGAUGCGCACGUGUAACCUGCUUUAGCACAGAUUUUCAAGUUGUCGACUCGAAUCCAGGGUCCAGGAAGGCGGCCUGUGAGACACUCACCGUACAGAUAUGGAGUGACGCGGUCGGUCCAGACGCCGGACAGGAUCCCGCGCGGAGCAUCUGGAGCCCGAUGCGGCAGUUCACGAUCCAUUUCGUUGGUGUAGUGGAUCUGAAUGCUCUGGCUCAACGUGGGGAGGCUGCAAACAUUCGCGUCUCUGUGGAUGACGGCCAUGGGUACAGGGAGAUUGUUGAAGGAUACGAGACUUCGUAUGAUGCCUUCCGAGAGACAUGGACCUGUGCGUUGCCGAAACUCGGUCUCGACACGCGGAUCCGCAUUGAGAUAUGCGGUGCUGCGCUGCUUUCUGCUCGAGAUCGCAGGUCUGAAAAACUGAGGGAUAUUUUGCAGCGAUUUCGCUUAGAUUGCUGGUCCAAAAUUUGUCUUGCAAGGGAGCUGCACUCAUUCCUCGAAGGUAUGAAGUCCAUUCACGAUAUACUGAGGGAAGACUCGACGCUAACGGACUAUGAAUAUGCGGGAUAUUUGAGCGAAGAGCAAAUUCGAGCCUUGUAUGAAAUCGGGUUCGAAUGUGGCGUCGAGUGGCUGCGGACCGGUUAUCAUCCGUUGUGGCCCCAUCCAGCACCAGUGGUCGCUUGGAAUCCACGGCGGAGUGUAGCGUUUGUUGCUCCGACAUCAACGUCUCCUGAAAUUCGCAGAGGGCGGUAUCUUUCUGAGCGACGCGAGCUGCAGAUGAUCAACGAAGUGCUUGCUGAGGCGAUCAUGCGAGAGCAGCGCGCUUUGAGUCAAGCUUCGGAUGGCGGGCGACUCAGUCGACCACCGCCGGUAUCAUCUGCCGAAUCCGAAGGCUACUCGGACUCGUUACCACCGCGAAUACCCUCACGCUCGUCCAACAUCGGGCUCACAACCGGAAGCGUGCCGUCGGCGUUUGCCGCGAGAUUGUCUGGGCUCCAGCCUGGUUCACCGAUGCAGCUCGGUAUACCGCUGUCUACGGGAACGUCGCCCGGUGGUUCGUUCACGAAUAAGGCUGCUCAACUGAACAUGUUCGCAGGUAUCGGAGGCUUAGAUUCGGAGAGGAAGCCUCCUGCACAGAGCGGCAUUUUUCCCGAUCCGGCGCUGGCUGGGUUUCGCGUGGUACGUGAUCAAGAGCUUGUAUUCCCAGCAGAUCCGCUGGAUGAUUGGUCGUUAGAAUAUCACUACGGUCCGGAUCUUGCAGUCCAUAUAGCUUCCAAUGCCGCUCGAACCACACUUGCUGCUCUAGGUAGUAGUGUUAGCCGACAUCAGGCAGAAGCAGAGUCAUAG